AUGAGACUUGGCAUCGAGCUACUGUCAUUACUGGCAGCUGCCGUAACGGCGAAGGAAGAUGUGUUCACAAGAGAACAGGUCUUUGAGUUGAUGAUGGAUGCUACUGCUGGCGCGACUCAUAAGACCCUCAAGCCGCCGAAGAAAAAGGGUCUUCCAGCAGCUGUUCCAGAAAUGGACUACGACGAGUGGGUAGAACUCGUCGGAAAGCCGUACAGAAACGCAUUGGUGCAGCCUCACAAGAUCGUCUUUUUGUACAGUUCGAUUGGAGCCAGUAAACAGGCGUCAUUUUCGUGCUCGGAGUGUCCACAGAAUCUGCAGGAUUUUGAACUAGUGGCGCAGAAUGUGAUCCAGGGCGAGGGAGAGAACAAGGUCUUUUUUGCCUGGAUGAACUUGACGCAGUCCAAUUUGAAUGCAUUCAAGUCUGUUGGGGUUCAGCAGAUUCCGGCGGUUGUUAUUUUCAACGACGGAAGAAUUGAAGAUGGCAAACGGUUGAUCAGUCGCCAAGGAAUGGAUCCAAACCAAGACAUGGCCCAGCAGAUGGCCGCCUUCCUCCGAAAGAACAAAAUCAACAUUCCCGAGUUCAGACGACCCAUCAACUUGAAAAAGUUAAUUCUAAAAGGAACAGCGGUCUUUUUUGCAAUCUGGGUGCUUUGGUCAAUUCGAAAGUUGAUUUUCUCUCGCAGCGCCGUGGCUAUUUACUGCAUUUUGUGCAUGACGGCGACUCUAAAUGGAUCUGCUUUUCUCAAAAUUAAAAACGUGCCUUUUGGAACAAUCGAAGAUUUAUUCAAAAUCACGGGUCAAUCCAUGAGAGGAAUUGAAAACGCUCUCGGAGCUUCUAUCCAGCUAACCUGCCUGAUUGGCGUUUUGCUCAUGAACUCGACGCACAACUACCGAUUGUUCACCUCGCUCAUUGGCUUCGCACUCGCCUUCCUCUCCUUCUGGGCGUACUGGCAUCUUUACAAGACAAAACGAGCCUUUUACUCUUAUGCCCAUGACGAUAUCCUUAGUUAUCUUGACGAGAUGUAG